AUGCGUGAGAUUCCGGGUUUUCUUGUAAAUGCUGGUACGGGGUCAUAUGUGCGUCUACGCUCAGUGGCCCCUUUUCCCCGACAGCGCUCCCAAACCCCAGCCUGCAUACGCUCAUUCUCCAUCGAGUCUCUCUCGAAACCUAAAAAUUCUCUGCAGCAAUCGAAACAAACCAACCCUAAACGUGGAACUGGUGAUUCUCGUUGGACGUCUAUCAACAAUGGUUCUGAGCUACCAUCAUCAGCUGCUCCAUUCUCUACUUCCUCGGAAUGUCUUGAACAGAGUUGGGAUCAGAACCCGAACCUAGAUAUAUCUAAAUUUUCGGAGCUUCCCUCGAAGGAUUUUGGAGUUAACCAACACAUGCUCAUAAAUCAUGAGUUCAGGGAGGAAUUGCGUCGAAUUCUCUGGCAAUUCCGAGCCCCUAUUCGGUAUGCAUUUGCCUAUGGUUCGGGAGUCUUUCCACAAGCGGGUGCGUCCUCAUCCAGUACUGGUGUGAGCCAUCCGUCGGCUCCCGCGGCGAUUCAGACAAUGCAACAAGGGUCGGGCAAGAUGAUUGAUUUCAUAUUCGGGGUAUCAUAUACGCAGCAUUGGCACUCGCUGAAUCUCCAUCAGCAUCGGGACCAUUACUCCGGCUUGGGCUCUCUUGGGUCCUAUGUCGUGAGCCAGGUGCAAGACAGGUUUGGAGCUGGUGUAUAUUUUAAUCCAUAUGUUACCGUGAACGGAACAUUGAUUAAAUAUGGUGUCGUGAAUCUGGACACCCUAUGCAGAGACCUCAGUCAGUGGGAUACGUUGUAUCUGGCUGGCCGGUUGCAGAAACCGGUAAAAAUCCUACGAGACCACCCAAGCGUGCGAUUGGCAAAUCAGAUUAACCUGCUGUCUGCCGUACGGGUAGCCUUGUUGUUGUUGCCCGCCGAGUUUACCGAGUUUGAGCUUUACAGGACCAUCACAGGGAUCAGUUACCAGGGAGACCUGCGCAUGUCAUUCCGAGCGGAGAACCCUGAGAAAAUUAACAACAUCGUCGCAGCACAGAUCGCCCACUUCCGACGGCUAUAUGCUCCUUUAAUCGCAAACCUACCCAAUGUCACGUUUACGGAUCCACGGUGCAGCCAUGCGGAUUGGAUUGACGAUCCCACGGCGAAUAUGCGGAUGUCGCAGGACAUGGAUCCCGUGAGGCGUGGGAACAUGGUUCGUCGAUUGCCCAAGUCGUUCCGGGAGAAGCUCUACUUCCAAUACCAAGGCCGGUAUGGGAUUCCGCGGGCCGAGUUUAACAAGAUGAUGGAGGAGAGCAGCAUUUCGGAUCCCAGCAUGGCUCGUCGCCAGGAGGGUGGCCGAUUUGAGCAACGAGUUGCAGGGGACUCGCACCUCAAGGAGGAAGUACAAACAGCGAUCAGCAAGACCGUCCGCUGGCCAAGUACCGUGCAGAGCAUCAAGGGGCCGUUGACCGCGGGACUGGCCAGAUCAUGGCGAUACAUGCAAGAAAAGCGUGCAAAAUUCAAGGAUUCUAAAGAAUCCGCUUCAAAAUCUGGAUAG